AUGGAUCCGGUGAUGGACCCGCGCCUCGCCAUGACGGAUUUUCACGCAGAGCGCGCGGCGGCGGAGGCACACGGGGCUGUGAUGGCACGCGGCUCGUCAGCGGCGCAGCCCGAUAACGGCUUCACCCCGCUGGAGCAGCAGCCGGCGGCACCGCGGCUGCUGCCGCACGUCGACGGCUCGGUUCUGCCGUCUCUCGGGGGGUUCGGAAAGUACCAGCGGCACCUCGUGGUCUUGACCUGGAUACCGGCUUUGUUGAUCGGGUUCAGCCAGUUCUCGGAUUAUUUCCUGCUGGCGCACCCCAGCGGCACGUGCGUGCAGCCCCGCGCCAACGACAGCAACUGGACCGUUACCGCGGCGCCCGCGCCGCUGCAGCUCAACGGCACCGGCGACGGUUCCGGUGACGGCACGCUGUGCGCGUGCAGGGAGUGGAGGCUGGAGCUGCGGGCGGGACUGAGCCAGAAUGUGGUUACCAAGUGGAACCUAGUCUGCGACUCGGCCUGGAAGGUGCACAUUGCUAAAUUCUCCUUGCUGGUGGGUUCCAUAUUCGGCUAUCUGGUGAUGGGCGUCAUGGCUGACUGGUUUGGCCGCCACCCGGCGUUGAUCCUCUCGGUGCUUUUCAUGCUAGUGUUCGGCCUGAGCGUCUCCUUCUCUGUCAACGUCACCAUGUUCAGUACCUUACGUUUCUUUGAGGGUUUCUGCUUGGCGGGCCUCACUCUCUCGCUCUACGUGCUCAGGAUUGAGCUUUGUUUGCCCGGCUGGCGUUUCUCCAUGACCAUGGUGGCCAGUUUUCUGACGGUGGGCGGGCAGCUUCUGAUGCCAGGGGUAGCCGCGCUGUGCCGUAAUUGGCCGGACCGAGAUGACUGGCAGGUCCUCCAGAUUGUGAUAAUCAGCCCUUUUGUUCUGAUGCUGCCCUAUGUCUGCAUCUUUCCAGAGUCCCUGCGCUGGUUGCUGGCCACUCAGCACUACAGGCAGUCCAAAGCCAUGAUGCUGCGCAUCGCCAGAAAGAACCAGGUUGAUAUGACAACCGAUCCUAGUGGAGUUCUCACAGAGCUGCAGCAGGAGCUGCACAAAAAGCCCCAGAGGACCUGCAUCGUCAGGAUGAUGAAGACCAGGAACCUGUGGAAAAACAUUGUGGUGCUGUGUGUCAACUCGUUGACAGGUUACGGGAUCCACCACUGCUUCUCCCGCAGCAUGAUGGACCCCGAGGCCCAGCCCACCGCUAUGUGCCACGCGGACUACUACACCAUGGCUGGCAUUGCCGUGGCAACCUGCCUAGCACUUUGCCUUGCCGUGGGACUGAUGGGUCGCCGCGGAGGGCUGCUCACCUUUAUGAUCAUCACCGCGCUGGCGUCACUGCUCCAGCUGGGUUUGCUAAACUUGAUCGGGAAGUACAGCCUUCGCCAUGACACAGUUCUGCGAGACACUCUGAACAGGAAGUUUUCUGUGGCCUUCUCCAUCAUCGGCAUGUUCUCGUCUCACGCCGUCAGCACCCUCAGCAUCUUCUUCUGCGCUGAAAUCACCCCGACUGUCAUCAGGGGCGGGGGCCUGGGCUUGGUCCUGGCGAGCGCCGGCUUCGGCAUGCUGACUGCGCCCAUCAUGGAGCUCCACAACCAGAAGGGCUACUUCCUGCAUCAUGUGAUCUUCGCCUGCUGCACGCUGCUGUGCAUCAUCUGCCUGCUGCUGCUGCCCGAGACCCGGGGUCAGCCUCUGCCGGAGAGCCUGGCCGACGGGGAGACCUUCACACGCCAAACCCUGCUCCACCCCGGCGAGCAGCACCGACUUCUCCCUAAGACCGACCGGGACUACUCCCGCGUCCACAACACGCCGUUACACCUCUCCACUAUGGGGGGCACUACAGCGGCAGUGGCCACCGCUCUGGCAGCGGUGCCCACCUCAUAUGCACUGGUGACGGACGGGGAAGUGAUUAGCAACUGCGCUCUCACCAACGGGGUGUGAGCUUCAAAGCAAUAGCGCACGUGUGUGCUCUUAAAUGAUCAAAAGUGACUGAAUUGGGCGAAAAA